AUGUUCCAGUUGAGGGAUAUUUCUUCUGUGAUCCUGAUCGUAAUAAUAAUAAUAAUGACAAAUAUAUCUCAAUUGGGAUCCAUUACCCCAUUCCGACUUAAUCAAGACUGCUGCUAUAUUUGGUAUUGGAAGUGGUGCAGCAUUAAUUGGAAUCAUUAUUUUUGGAAUUUCUAUUGCCUGCAUUGUGUUCAAAAGAUCACAUCGCAGAGCCAGGCCAAGAUUGUACACAGAGGAUAAUCCAGCCUAUGGUGUAACUCUGGGUGUGAGAUACAAACCAUCAAGAAAGGCAGAUUUAUCACCUACCCAUACACAGGAGCCUGUGUAUGAUACAAUCAGUUAGUAACAUGAAUUCACCUGUAAUUUCGUUUAAGAGAGCAUCUUUGUCUCUCUUUACAUAAUGUUAUAUGCAUAAAAUAGCUGUCUACAAACCUGAUACUCAAUGGUCAAUGGUAUGCAAUUGUCCCCCUACGGAGGAACUGGUCAUUAUCCACACAAAAAAUAUCAAAGAGUACAUGUCUGGGAUAGGCAUGUGCUGCUUGUGUAUUUGUCAGAACAUGAAACACAUCUGUGAGCAUUUUCAAAACUCAAAACAAUAAUUCUUGCAAUUGACGAACCUAAUAGUUAUAUAAUUAUAGCUAGUUUUAUAAAUGGCACAGAGACUCAACUGUAUGCCGUAGUUGAUCGUGGACGAACAAUUAAAGCGGACACAAAAGGGUGA